GUGUAUGAGGCUGGAGCUGAGUUUACCUAAAUUAAGUUUAAACAGCACCAUGUUUUUAUGUCUGUGCAUGCAUAUACAAGUCUCAGCUCUUAAGAUGAGUUAUGACUCCUGUUUUCUGAACACUGCAACGUGGCUCUUACCCAUCAGAACAUCUCUUGGGUUACUCCUCUGUGAUCUCUCUGGUGUUCACAUGUAAUUCCUUAUGGCUGGAGAGAGGUUAUCUCGCUUUGAAGGGACAGUGCUUACUGAAAACUCUGACUUAGAACCAGGCUGUGGUUCUCUUUGCUCAGAUAAAGCCAUCUACCUGUGCUAUAACACAGCCUAGUCCUUCCUUCCUUCUGGGAAAUAGCCCUCUAGGCUUCCUGGCUAAUGUUUCCUCAAAAAAGGACCCCACAGCUAUGAAUCCAGUGGAAGGUCACACCUUCAGGUCUGCAUUUGUAUCAGCAGAGGGUCAGCCAACAAAGCUCACCCUUUCUGAGUUUGUGUUUCUUCCCCUCUGAGGAAACUCCGAAUCCCAGUUUGCACUCAGAGCACCAGGCACAACCUGAAGAGCCAAACGGGUGACUCCAGUGUCUUGGCCUUAACUGCAGUUGUAGAUUGUCCUCAGUGGGAGAACAAAUUCUCUAAACAAACCUGGAGAGAAUCCUGCAGAGUAUGAACUGAGAUAAAAGAUGUAAUGCAUUACAGCUUGACAGAGGACACCGAGUCCCUAAGUGUCUCCAAGUGGCAAAGAAGUACUCUUUCAAAACCAGCCCUCCUGACCCCUAUUCCCAAAGGGCUCCUAAAGAAAUGGAUCUGCUUGAGCUGGAAUGUUUGGCCAGGAACUCCAGCAGCUCAGCAAGCAGUACAGCAAUAUCAAGCUCCUCCAACUGGAUGUGGUCUGUGAAAACAGCAUCAAGAAAGUAGUCAAGGAAGUGGAGGAGAUUGUGGGCGACAAAGGCCUGAACUGCCUCAUUAACAACGCUGGCAUCAAUGUGCUUGCUUCCUUGGAAGAAGUCACAGCAGAGACAAUGCUCACCAUUUAUGAAACCAAUACGGUUGCCCAGCUGAUGGUCACCAAGGCGUUUCUACCCCUUCUGAGGAAGGCAGCCCAGCUGAGCACAGGAAUGGGCUGCCACAGAGCUGCUAUUAUCAAUAUGUCCUCUCUUGCUGCCUCCAUGCAACUCGUCCAGGCAAAUGAGAUGUUCCUCAAGGUCUACCCCUACAGGAUAGCAAAGACUGCACUGAACAUGAUCACCAGGUGUCUUGCUGCAGACUUGAAAUCGGAUGGAAUUCUCUGCAUUUCUUUGCAUCCAGGCUGGCUUCAGACAGACAUGGGUGGAAACAUGGCUCCCAUGCAGGUGCAAGAGGCUAUCCCUGGUAUCCUCUCUGUUCUGGACCGCCUUGGUGAAAAGGAGAAUGGUUCCUUCCUGGACUGGCAAGGGGAAACGCUACCGUGGUAGAAGCGCACAGUCCACUGCAGAAACAGCACAUCAGCCACUGUUUAACUGUGCCACUAUUGUCUGUGUCUCUAGGGUUUUCUUAUACACUAGCUGAAAUAGCCAGUUUGAUACCAGCCUCUUUCUAGGUGUAUUUGGGAAGUGAGGUGGCUGACUCUUCUACUUGGUAUUGCUACUGCUCUGUUCUAAUGCUUCCUGCAAAUACUACUGUGCUCUUAGUGAUGGAACCAUCUAAAAUAGAUCGAAGAUAAAGCAAGUUAGAUCCAGGGGCUGGUUCCUCAUCACUUCCAAAACCAAACUCUUUGCAGAAGUAAAUGACCUUGACCUCAGAGUAAGGCCAGUGUAAGCUGUCAGAUUUCAGGACAUACAGUCUGCUGGAGACAUGUCCCUGGAAAAGGUUCUUUGGUUUCCUUCAGUCCUAACUGAGCCAAGGCUGAAAUCGCCCAGCUCUAAACUACAUGAAUUUGGUACUUCUAUAAAUUCCUCAGCAACCUCUGCGUGUCCCCAGAUUGACAGCACACACCAGGCACUUGCUUUG